ACAAAGCAAUCGUAAAUUUGUCUGCUGGAGAAGAGUCAUUUCUCAGGAGCACCUAGCACACGCCAGUCAAAAUUUUGUUCCUGUUAAGAUUUUCCGGUACCAGACAUACCAGAACUGACCAAAAUUUUUCAAAUACCAUUCCCUGCGCAGCGGCCCCGAUACCACCAUGAGCUAUUAUCGAAUGCUACGGAGAAGUCCUUUUAAAAAAAUCAGUAAAAUCUCCGAAUUCCAACUCCGUCGUUUUGGCUCGCAAAUGGUUACAGGUGCGGAAAAAUGUUCUAACCCACCUUCUCGAGGACUAGUUCUAGGAGUGUAUGCCGAUUCCAAAAACCCGGAGGAUUUGGGACAAUUAACUCCCAGUGCUGCCCGAUAUAACGAGACCUACACGAACGGAGCCCUGAUGGAUAUUCUCCGGAUUGCUGGUCCAAUGCCUCGGUUAGGAGAAGCACGAGUGUUCUUUAAUUUGGAACCUACUUACUCAGCGGUGGCAGUAUGUGGACUCGGAACCGAAUGUCUUGGAUAUAACAAACCGGAGCAACUGGAUGAGUCGAAAGAAGCUAUACGAAUUGCCGCCGCAUCUGGAAGUCGAGCUUUGCAAGCACUUAGAACAGCUCGUAUCUACGUCGAAGAUUUUGGUCACUCAGAGUCAGCAGCAGAGGGUGCCCACAUGGCGUUGUGGGUGAACCAAGAGUUUCGAAGUCUUCAUCUACGAAAACAUAUACCUGCACUGCAACUUUACUAUGAUCCACUUUUACCAUGUGAUUCUAAUGGUUGGAAGAUUGGACUGGCCAAAGCAGAAGCGCAAAACUUAGCCAGACAACUUCAGGAAGCUCCUGCCAACCAUAUGACACCCACCACUUUCGCUCAAAAUGUCGUACAGAUCUUAUGUAACUCUGGUGUCAAUGUUGAAGUCAAAGUUAGAAGCUGGGCCGAAAGUAUGGGAAUGAGCUCGUUUCUAACAAUUGCUAAAGGUUCCUGCGAACCGCCAAUCUUUUUGGAACUCAGUUACUAUGGCACCAAUCCGAAAGAACGACCUAUCGUGCUUAUUGGACAAGGAAAUACCUUUGAUAGUGGUGGUAUCUGCGCUAAACGACUGCACGCUUUAACUGACAUGCGAGGAGAUAUGGCCGGAGCAGCUUGCGUGGUUGCCACUUGCCGUGCGAUUGCUGCCCUGAAACUUCCCGUUAAUAUUAGAGCUUUGAUUCCACUAUGUGAGCACAUGAUCGGUUGCAAUGCUAUGAAGCCCGGGGAUGUGGUUAAAGUGAAAAACGGCAAGACCAUUGAAAUUGUUGAUACAGAUUAUGAAGGUCCAAUGGUGUUGGUUGACGCACUUCUUUACUCGGAAAACUUUGGACCAAAAUACACGGUAGAUGUAUCCACUCUGUCUAACCAUGUCACCAAAGGUUUGGGAAAAGUUUGCAGCGCUGUGUUUACCAACUCAGAAGAUCUUUGGAAACGAAUAAAGUAUGCCGGGGUUCACACGGGCGAUCGAGUAUGGAGAAUGCCCCUCUGGAACUACUUCACCCAGCAAAUGUGUUCCGUUGAGCAUGUGGAUAUACAGAAUUACGGUCGUGGUGUUGGCGGAGAAGCAUGCAAAGCAGCGGCCUUCUUACGAGAAUUCCUUCCCUGCGGUCCCUGGUUACACAUAGAGGCGUACAAUGUGAUGACCACUCAUGGGGACGACUAUCCAUACCUUAGAAAGGGAAUGGCGGGGCGACCGACUCGAACGUUAAUAGAGUUCAUUGCACAGGCGUGCUGCAAGGAUCAGGAUAAACGCUCUUAAUAGUAUUUGUUAGGUCCACAUCUUCUAUGGAAAUUCGUUUGUAGUAAUUUAUUUUCUGCUAAUUUAUUUUUCAAAGGUUCUACUCUGGCUUAAUAAAAUUUAUAAGUAAAAUA